AUGGACUUUUUGCACCACUGCCCUUUUCCUGUUUGGAAUUGGAAGCACCCAUGCCAUCUGCUAACUUUUCCUUUUAUUGUUUAUUUUCUAGUUGCCGCCUGGGGACAGGAAGAUGAUGACCACACUGAUGAUUCUACACAGAAAUUAUUUACAGUCUCCAUCUCUGGAACCCAUGUGGUGCUGACAUGCCCUUUGGAAGCUGAAGCUGACAUACAUUGGGAAACAGAUAAAAAAAGUUUGCCAGAUAGAGACAAGGAACUAGACCUGGAGAAUUUUUCCGAAAUGGAGGACAGCGGUUAUUACUCCUGCUAUACGGGCACAAAGGACAAGAAGGAGAAAGAACAUAUUCUCUACCUGAAAGCCAGAGUGUGUGAGGCCUGCAUGGAGGUGGACCUCACGACGGUGGCCUCCAUUGUCGUAGCUGAUGUCUGCGUCACCCUGGGCUUGCUGCUGCUGGUCUACUACUGGAGCAAGAACAGGAAGGCCAAGUGCAAGCCUGUGACGCGAGGAGCGGGUGCUGGUGGCAGGCCCAGAGGGCAGAACAAAGAGAGGCCUCCACCUGUUCCCAACCCAGACUACGAGCCCAUCCGGAAAGGCCAGCGGGACCUGUAUUCUGGCCUAAACCAGAGAGGCAUCUAACAGCGCCAGGAGUCACCGCCUCCCCAGGCACAGGUCUGGCUCCUCCCCAGGCACCCUGCUUGUGCUUGGCCCCAGGCAAGCCUUGGAGCACCCCAAGAACAUUGUCCUUCAACCUCAUGGUGAAUUCCUGCAACCUCGUCUGGGUCCUGGGAAGUCGCUUGGGGACAUCACCACCAGCCACACCCCUGCGCCUGGCCUGCCAUCGGGACGUUCAUUUCUGCUAUUCUCGCCCAUCCUACAGCCCCCUCCCCACAUGGAAGUUGCUUCCACCUUCAGUCCCCUCCUCCUUCUGCAUAUGGCUUGUCCUGUGUUCCUAACUCUUCCGUCUAUCUUCCUAUUUUUCCAGCCCUCUCUUUUGCAAGCCUCCCUGGGAUGGACCCGCAGCCCUGCCCCAGGCACAGACCCUUGCGCAUUGCCAGCCCCGUGCUCCCUCCCCUUCACGGUCAUUUGUGACUC